AUGUCCCCCAGAACCGUCUUCAUUACUGGCUCCAAUCGUGGUAUUGGUCUGGGUCUAGUCAGGGAACUCCUCAAGGACAAGGAGAUAGAGACCCUUAUUGCGGGAGCGAGGAAUAUUGAUGCAGCAAAGGACCUCCAAGACCUUGCUAAAUCCGACUCCCGACUCCAUUUAAUCUCUGUGGAUGUUUCUUGCGAUGAGAGUCUUCAGAAGGCUUUGAAGGAAAUUGAAGGUCUCGUGGAUGACCGAGGUCUAAAUCUACUAAUCAAUAAUGCUGCGAUUUGCCCGCCUUACCGGACUAUCGAUCCACCGAACAGAGCUGUUGUGUUGGAGUGUCUGAAUGUUAAUGCGGUUGGGGCGUUGGUGACGGCGCAGCUCUUCCUCCCACUCCUCCGCAAAGCCGCAGCACACACUCCCGGCUCCACCUUCUCCGCUUCCAAAGCAGCCAUUCUAAACGUUGGAUCAGACAGUGGCUUCGCCUAG